GAUUCCAUAUGGUGACCAUUGCUACUAUUUUUCUAGGACAUCAGCAACGUUAAAAGAUGCAGUUACAAGUUGCUAUGGAAUGAGUUCAACUUUAGUGGAACCGAAUGCAGUUGCAGAGGAAAGAUGGCUGCUCGUCCAGGGUGUAGUUAGAGGCAUUAAAAACCUAUGGAUAGGCGUCACAGAUUUGCUUCAGAACCACAGUUUUGUGUAUAUUUCUAACGGUAAUGAUGUUCAAGAAGCUUACAACAACUGGGAUAAAGGACAGCCCAACUCAGGGAACACAGAACAUUGUGUUGCUCUCGCUGCUGGAUACAAAGGAUGGCAUGAUUAUUCCUGUGACUUUAGUUUUAUUUUGUGUGCAAGAUACAAAAAAAUUAAUCUAUAAAUAAUGUACUAAAAAUUAUCGCCAUCCCGAUUAUGAAUACAGUUUUAAUUGCAAAAU